AUGUCCAGCUACGGCCGUGAUUCCGGUGGUGGUGGUGAAGGGUAUAGUGAUCAUCAUUCAGGACGAGGAGGUGAAAGUGGUAGUCGAAGUAAUUAUAACAAUAACAGUGGAGAAAAAAGAAAUUAUACCGAUUCUACUUCACGUGGCGGCGGAGGUAAAAGAAAGCUUUCUUAUGUCUUGAUGAUGAAUGGCACCAGCACACACUUUGUUCCUUAUGCAGGUUAUGGAAGUGGAGGUAGCAACGACGGUGGUUACAAUCGCGGCCGAGGUGAUCAUCAAAGUAGUAAUGAUGAUAAUGGAGGUGGAUAUAAACGUGGUCGCAGUGAUUAUCAAAAUAAUGAUGAUAGAGGUGGCAGUUCUGGUGGUGGAUAUAGUCGUGGUCGAAGUGAUUAUCGAAAUAACGACGAUAGAGGAAGUGGUGGCGGCAGUGAUUAUAAUCGCGGUCGCAGUGAUCACAACAGCAGCAGCAGCGGUGGUGGUGGUAGUAGCUUCGGCGGAAAUGACUCUGGUAUGGAAACACAACGUGAUACAAUUUUCAUCCAGAAUUUACCACGCACUGUCACUCCAGAUGAACUUAAAAAUGUAUUCAGUCAAAUUGGAGUCAUCAAAAAUGAUAAAAAAACAAAUGCACCAAAAAUUUGGAUCUAUAAGGAUAAAGCAACUGGAGAAGGUAAAGGUGAAGCUACAAUUACCUAUGAAGAUGAAGAUGCUGCACAAGCUGCCAUCAAUUGGUACAAUGAUAAAGAAGUUCUUUCCAACAUUGUUAAGAUCUCUUUAGCUACCCGUCGUGCUUCUGCCUUUGGUGGUCGAGGUGGCGGCGGCGGCUUUCGUGGUCGUGGUGGAUUCCGUGGCCGAGGAGGUGGUGGUGGUGGUGGAGGUGGAGGUGGAGGUGAUUUUGGUGGCUAUCGCGGCAGAGGUGGAGAUCGAGGUGGUGACUACCGAGGAGGAGGUGGUGGUGGCGGUGGAGAAUAUCGCGGUGGCGGUCGUGGUGCAAGUCAUGGUUCAAGUAGAGACAAUCGCUCUAAUCCAUAUUAA